AAUGAGUAGCAUUAAGAAAUAAUGCAGUAGUGUAAACAGGAAGAUUUUUAUUGAGGACCCAAAACCAUAAAGGAGGUGCGAAACGAAAAGUGGGAGGAUAAAAUAUGAAAAAAGUGAGAAAACUUCAUAUGAGAGAAUGGAAUCCAAUCUCUCUCACUACGCACGCACGCACAGUGCACAAAACAAAAUACUAACUGUCACAUUCCACAACACUCCACCGCCAAAACAUUCACAGCUAGAAAAGAUCUCUCGAAAGAAGAAAAAAAUAACAAGAUAAACCCCAAAAAAAUAAAACAGCACAAAACCAGGCAUUAAGCUAUUUCUCCAAUCCCAAAAAGAUAAAAACAAACGAGUAUUCAAAGUUAAGGCAGCCUCAAAAGCUAUGAGCCCAUAGCAAUGUCGUCGGACCAACAACCGCCAGCCGCCCUCCGACCAGCCCAAUCCGCCUGCCACCGUCCCGGAAACUCAUUGUGGAGGUUAUCGAGGCGCGAGACCUCCUCCCCAAGGACGGGCAGGGAAGCUCCAGCCCGUAUGUCGUCGCCGAUUUCGACGGCCAGAAGCGGCGGACUUCCACGGUGCCGAGGAACCUCAAUCCGGUGUGGAACGAGGUAUUGGAUUUCGUGGUUUCGGACCCCAAGACGAUGGAUUACGAGGAGCUGAACGUGGAGGUUUUCAAUGAUAAGAAGCUCAGCAAUGGCAAUGCGAGGAAGAAUCAUUUUCUGGGGAGAGUGAAAUUGUAUGGAUCGCAGUUCGUCAAGAGAGGGGAAGAAGGAUUGGUGUAUUUUACGCUGGAGAAGAAGAGUGUGUUCAGUUGGAUUAAAGGGGAAUUAGGGUUGAAGAUUUAUUACUACGAUGAGAUUAUGGAGGAGCAGCCUCCGCCGGCGCCUGAGGACCAACCUCCGCCACCGGCAGAGCAGCAGCAGCAACCACCGCCUCAGCUGCAACCGGAGGAGGUGAUGAAGAAGCCGGUUUUUGUAGUUUCGGAAGAUCAGCCGCCGCCGCCGAUGGAGAUGCGAGAACAUUCACCUCCGAUGAUUAGGAUUCACGAGCCGCGAGUUCAUGAGCCGCCGCCGGACAAUGCACCUCCGCCGGACAAUAUUCCGCCGCCUGGAUUCUCGCCGGACAUGCGAAGGAUGCAGAUGGGGGGCAACGGCAUGCCCGGCCCCAUGGCAGGAGAGAGAGUGAAGGUACUACGACGGCCGGGGAACGGAGAUUACUCGCCGAGGAUUAUCGCCGGGAAAUUCAAAGGAGACACGUCGGAGAGGAUUCAGGCUUUCGAUUUAGUCGAGCCGAUGCAGUAUCUGUUCGUGAGAAUAGUGAAAGGCCGCGGGCUCAGCCCUAGCGAAAAUCCGCACGUGAGAGUCCGAACCUCGGGACAUUUCGUGCGAACGAAGCCGGCCGUUCCUCCGCCGGGCGGCGAUUCAGCCAGCCCGGAGUGGAAUCAGGUCUUCGCCCUAGGUCACAACAAGGACGCCGCCGCGAGUUCCACUCUGGAGAUCUCAGUAUGGGACGGCGCGUCGGAGCGGUUCCUCGGCGGCGUCUGCUUCGAUCUCUCCGACGUGCCGGUGCGCGACCCGCCGGACAGCCCCCUCGCGCCGCAGUGGUACCACCUGGAGGGCGGCGCUGCUACCGGUGACGACCAGAGCCGAGUCUCCGGCGAUUUGCAGCUGUCUGUGUGGAUCGGCACGCAGGCGGACGACGCGUUCCCGGAGUCAUGGAGCUCCGACGCGCCCCAGCCGUUCGUGUCGUACACGCGGCCGAAGGUGUACCAGUCGCCGAAGCUGUGGUACCUUCGCGUGACGGUUAUCGAAGCUCAGGACCUCCACAUAAUGCCCAAUUUACCCCCGCUCACCGCUCCCGAAAUCCGGGUCAAGGGCCAGCUCGGGUUCCAAUCGGUCCGGACCCGUAGAGGCUCCAUGAACCACCACUCCUCCGCCUUCCACUGGAAUGAAGAUCUGAUCUUCGUCGCCGGCGAGCCGCUCGAAGACAGCCUCAUUUUACUAGUCGAAGAUCGCACCGGAAAAGAUCCGGUGCUUCUCGGGCACGUCCUAGUCCCCGUGGGGAGCAUAGAGCAGCGCCUCGACGAGCGCCACGUGGUGGCCAAAUGGUACAGCAUGGAAGGCGGGCCCUACUCCGGCCGUCUCCACCUAAGGAUGUGUUUGGAAGGCGGUUACCACGUUUUAGACGAAGCCGCGCAUCUUUGCAGCGAUUUCCGCCCCACCGCCAAACAGCUCUGGAAGCCGGCGGUGGGGAUUCUGGAGCUCGGAAUCCUCGGCGCCAGAGGAUUGCUCCCCAUGAAAUCCAAGGGCAACGGGAAAGGCUCCACCGACGCCUACUGCGUCGCCAAGUACGGGAAGAAAUGGGUCCGCACCCGAACCGUCACGGACAGCUUCGACCCGAGAUGGAACGAGCAGUACACAUGGCAGGUCUACGACCCCUGCACGGUCAUGACGAUUGGCGUUUUCGACAACUGGCGCAUGUUCGCCGAGGCCGGGGAGGACCGGCCCGAUUGCCGGAUAGGAAAAAUCCGGAUCCGGAUCUCCACAUUGGAGAGCAACAAGGUGUACAUGAACUCCUAUCCGCUGAUGGUGCUGUCGCGGAGCGGGCUCAAGAAAAUGGGCGAGAUCGAGGUGGCCGUUCGCUUCGCCUGCCCGUCGCUGCUGCCUGACACCUGCGGCGUCUAUGGGCAGCCGUUGCUGCCGCGGAUGCACUACCUCCGCCCCCUCGGGGUGGCUCAGCAGGAGGCGCUGCGCGGUGCAGCUACCAAAAUGGUGGCCGCGUGGCUAACCCGCUCCGAGCCGCCGCUUGGGCCGGAGGUGGUGCGGUACAUGUUGGAUGCGGAUUCGCAUAGCUGGAGCAUGCGGAAGAGCAAGGCUAAUUGGUUUCGGAUCGUGGCCGUGUUGGCUUGGGCAGUCGGGUUGGCGAAAUGGUUGGACCAUAUCCGGAGAUGGAGAAACCCGGUUACCACGGUUUUAGUCCACAUCCUUUACUUGGUUUUGGUAUGGUAUCCGGAUCUGGUUGUCCCCACCGGGUUUCUCUACGUGUUUCUAAUAGGCGUUUGGUACUACCGGUUCAAGCCCAAGAUCCCGGCGGGUAUGGAUAUCAAACUGUCGCAAGCAGAUACAGUCGACCCAGACGAGCUGGACGAGGAGUUUGACACGCUGCCCAGCUCGAGGCCGCCCGAGCUGGUCCGGGUCAGGUACGACCGGUUGAGGAUUUUGGCGGCAAGGGUCCAAACCGUGUUGGGCGAUUUAGCGACCCAGGGGGAGCGGGUCCAAGCUCUAGUGAGCUGGAGGGACCCGCGGGCCACGAAGUUGUUUAUAGGAAUGUGUCUCGUAAUUACAAUAGUUUUGUAUGUGGUGCCGCCCAAGAUGGUGGCGGUGGCCUUGGGGUUCUACUUCCUGCGGCACCCGAUGUUCCGGGAUCCGAUGCCGCCGGCGAGUUUGAGCUUUUUCAGGAGGCUUCCCGGGCUGUCGGAUAGGCUGUUGUAGGAAUUUUGGAAAAGGGGCAUGAUGAAUAACCUUGGAGGAAGUGAAAAGUGGAGAAAUUUGUGGACUUUUUGAGUUGAUUGACCCUGGACCUGGAGGAAACAAAUUUCAAACUUGACGAGAUUCUACUCUAAUUUUUGUCCACUAAAGUAUAGACAAUUCAAUUUUUCAUUCUAUUAGGCACUCGUGGUUUUUCACCUGUCCUGCAAUAAUAAUCAAGCUUGGCUGGCCUACAUGUUGCGAAUAUAUCCAACUUUUUAUUUUAUUUAAUUAAUAUAAUAAUGUUCAUGUUAUUAAAUUAGCGGUAAGCUAUGAAAAUGUGCACUCAUUGAAGAUAAAAGAAGUGGUGGGAUUAUAUCUAUAUGCCGAAAUUUCGGUUGCGAAUGCAAAAAAGUAGGAGAUUGACAUUGCUAAUAGGCCGUUGGUUUCUGGUGUGAUCUGGUCCACUGUUUCAGUUUGGCCAAGUAUAAAUAAUCUGUGACAUUCAGCUUCAAUCAUUUAAUUAAAAAUAAAAAAAUCAUCAAAGCCCCCAAAUUAAGAGUAUUCAGUGCAUGCUGCCAUACGCAUGUGGCUUGCGCUGAAAUUCGAAUAAAUAAAUAAACAUAAGAUAAGAGAAACAUGGCGCUGCAGCCAAAGAGCAGAAAAUGCCUGAAAAGGAAGAGAAGGAUGAGCUCGCGGGAGAGGACGAGGAAGACCAAGACGAAGACGAAGACGAGGAGACGACCACAGAUACGCAUUCAGACACGACGAAGAAGACUCCUUCUCAAGAUUCGAAGGACAUCUUGCAAAAAUGAUAGCCAACGAAAAGAUUGAAAUCUGAAGCAGAUAAUCAAUCAUCCCCUCUCUCUCCUGAACUUUUUGAAUAAAUUUCACUUUUAUUAAAAAAAAAAAAUCAUCCCCUUUUACAGGCAGCAGCUCAGAAUAAGAAGAAAACAAUGCAAUUGUAAAUACCAAAUUAUGCUAGAAACAUUAUGUAUAUUACAGAACAAUCUUACUGUACAAUAUAUAUCUUUACCAAA